CUCCGUCCCCUUAUCCACACCCACUCUCCUCUCCGCCUUCCCUUCGCUCCACGCUGCGGAUUUGCUGCUACCACCACCGACAUGGCGCUCCACGCCGUCUCCCCCGCGGCGGCGUCCUCCCCGCCGCGCGCCUUCUCCGUUCUCCUACCGCAGCGCCCAGGCUGUGCUUAUCUUGCAAAGCAAUUAGUCUUGACGCGCUCCUCUACAAACUUCAUGAGACUUCAGGGUGGAACAAUGCACUCUGACAAGAGAGCAGUUUUGACGCAUGCCACCAUUGAAGAAAUUGAAGCUGAAAAAUCUGUCAUUGAAGACCAAGCUAAAGAAAAGAUGGAUAAGGCAAUCGAAACAGUCCAAUCUAACUUCAAUACUGUGAGGACAGGGCGUGCAAACCCAGCCAUGCUUGACAGGGUUGAGGUUGAGUAUUAUGGAACUCCUGUGAACUUGAAGAGCAUUGCACAGAUAAGCACUCCAGAUGCAACUUCUCUUCUUAUCCAGCCAUACGACAAGUCUAGCCUCAAGCUUAUUGAGAAGACAAUAGUUGCUGCAAAUCUUGGUGUAACAUCAAGCAAUGAUGGAGACGUGAUACGUAUUACUGUCCCACCAUUGACAUCUGAUCGCAGAAAGGAAUUAGCAAAAACUGUUGCUAAGUUAGCUGAAGAUGGCAAGGUUUCUAUAAGAAACAUAAGAAGAGAUGCGAUCAAAGCUUAUGAUAAACUGCAGAAGGAAAAGAAACUUUCUGAAGAUAACGUGAAGGAUUUAUCAGCUGAUCUACAAAAAGUCACAGACGAGUACAUGAAAAAGAUUGAAUCCAUCCAAAAGCAGAAGGAACAGGAACUGAUGAAAAUUUAGAUCUCCGCCUGACUGUAAAACUGGUAAGUUACAUCUAUUCCUGUUGGUAUUCUCUAUGAACCCCAGCACGUGUCGACGAAAUCGGCAUGCAGCUAUAGCCCGGUGAAUUUUGCACCAACAGGUUUUCUUAAGCAAUUUCGUCUCUUGAUGGCUACCACUGCGCCUGGGAUGCGGUUUCUGGGUUGGAGCCUAGCUGAAAUUGAUGGAUGCGACUUCACACAACGUUGCUGUGCUCCUCGUUUCCCUUUUUGUAAUGCUAGUAAAUAGGCUCUCAUCACCGUCUUGUCCGACUGCUACAUUGUCAAUAUUUCUCACCGUAUGAAUCAAGCGUUCUACGAUUUGUUA